GGGAAGAGGAUGAUUUAAAUGAUUUGAAUGAUUUAAAUUGUACAAGCCAGUGCAGUCGAAGAGACAGAUUUUCCUGCAGUUCUCGAGGAGCCUGAGAUUCGUCUUCAGGGCCUUGAAAAAUGGGUCGUAAAGUUCCUAGUCAGUCUUCCUUGAAGAGGAGCGCCGAUUCCAUCAGGGAGCAAAGAAAACGGAAGGCCAAAAGAGCGGAGACUUAUUCCACCUACAUAUACAAAGUGCUGAAGGAGAUCCACUCGGGCUCGGGGAUCUCCAAGCAGGCAAUGAUUAUCAUGAACAGCUUCCUGGACGACAUGUUCCACAGACUCGCCACCGAAGCUUCUAGACUCGCACGUUACAGCAAUAAAUCCAGCAUAACUUCCCGGGAAAUCCAGGCUGCGGUGCGUCUUUUGCUCCCUGGGGAUCUGGCAAAAUAUGCAGUUUCCGAAGGAGCAAUGGCUGUGACCAAAUACACGGCCGCUCGCGAGUCUUAAACGUCGCGUCCAUAUUUGAGCGUCUUUCCCACUCUCACCCCCUU